AUGUAUAUCCCAUCUCUUCUCCUUUCCAUCCUUGGAGUAGUCUCCAUUGCUUGUGCAUUCCCCAGCCAAAUCUCAAAUCCGGAGCAGCUCCGAGGAAAUAGCUCUGCAUCGCAGAAGCUUGAUGCAAAUGCAGAUGAAGACAGUCUUCGGUACCAGCCAGCCUUUUACUUUGACAAGGGGAUCUGUAAAGGCGCCAAAAGGCCCAUACCAGAUGGUGGGGCUUGCGUUUCGAGAUCUCUAGUAUCCAAGAGAAAGGUCUACACGAGGAAGCGCUGCAACAACGUGGUCUUUGUCAAGAACAACACCGUCCAGCACGUUGCAGCUUCAGAAAACGGAGUAUACAUUCGCAGGGACAAACCCCACCUACAAGAGGGCCAUCCUCUGAUGCUAAAUUAUGGGCCUGUUUCCCAUCGGAGUGCUGUCUUUCGUUUUGCCAACAAGGGGCACGUGGAGAAAAUUAGGAAGGAUGUUGGGGAAUGGGUUGUCGCAAAUCUAGUUAAUUGGGAUGGGUCUCCUACACCAGCGCUGAACAAGAAGUUGUCAACUCAUGACGCUCGGAGGAAAAAGGACCAUUUGGCGGAUGAGCACUUUACGGAGACUUUGUACGAGGCAGCCGGGGAAUGUGUUCCUGGAUUUGAUUGUGAGAGUGGUGAAACGAAGGAUAUGCACAAGGAAAGGCAGAAGAAGAAAGUGAAGGCUAAGGACAAGGACAAGAUUGAAGAGGAAGAGAAGGACUCAGAUAAAAAGUUCGAUAUCAAGGAGACUGUAAAGGGUAAGAACAAACAUGAAGCGGAAGAGAAGGACUCGGAUAAAAAGUUCGAUAUCAAGGAGACUGUAAAGGGUAAGGACAAACAUGAAGCGGAAGAGAAGGACCAAACGAUUGAGAGAGGUAAGGAUGAGGAGGACAAGAAUGGCGAGAAGGACAAGGACAAGAUUAAAGAGGAAGAGAAGGACUCGGAUAAAAAGUUCAAUAUCAAGGAGACUGUAAAGGGUAAGGACAAACAUGAAGCGGAAGAGAAGGACCAAACGAUUGAGAGAGGUAAGGAUGAGGAGGACAAGAAUGGCGAGAAGCAUAAGGAUGAUGGCAAGAAGGAGGAGAACCAAUUUGACAUCAAGAAGCAGAAGGACGAAGAGAAAUAG